GUUAAAAAAUGGGGGAUGCUGCCAUGGCAGAGUUUGGGGCUGCUGCUCCUUAUCUCAGGAAAUCAGAUAAGGAGCGUCUAGAAGCCCAAACACGUCCAUUUGACAUGAAAAAGGAGUGCUUUGUUCCUGACCCUGAGGCCGAGUACGUCAAAGCUUCCAUCACCAGUCGAGACGGUGACAAAGUCACCGCUGAGACUGAAUUCGGAAAGACUGUGACGGUGAAGGAGUGCGAUAUCCACCCUCAGAACCCGCCAAAGUUUGAUAAAAUUGAAGACAUGGCGAUGUUCACCUUCCUCCAUGAGCCCGCUGUGCUGUUCAACCUCAAAGAGCGCUACGCAGCAUGGAUGAUUUAUACCUACUCUGGGCUGUUCUGUGUGACUGUCAACCCCUACAAGUGGCUGCCAGUCUACAACCAAGAAGUGGUUGUUGCCUACAGAGGAAAGAAGAGGAGUGAAGCUCCUCCUCACAUCUUCUCCAUCUCUGACAAUGCCUACCAGUACAUGUUGUCUGACAGAGAAAAUCAGUCAAUCCUCAUCACUGGAGAAUCUGGUGCUGGAAAGACUGUCAACACCAAACGUGUCAUUCAGUACUUUGCCAGCAUUGCAGCUGUGCCCAGUGCAGGGAAGAAAGAUCCAGCCGCUGAGAAGAAGGGAACCCUGGAGGAUCAAAUCAUCCAGGCUAACCCUGCUCUGGAAGCCUUUGGUAAUGCCAAGACCAUCAGGAAUGACAACUCCUCUAGAUUUGGUAAAUUCAUCAGAAUUCAUUUUGACAAUCGUGGGAAGCUGGCCUCUGCUGACAUUGAAACAUACCUUCUGGAAAAGUCUCGUGUGACCUACCAGCUCAAAGCUGAGAGGGACUACCACAUUUUCUACCAGAUCUUGUCUCAAGCAAAGCCUGAACUUCUGGAAAUGUUGCUCAUCACCAACAACCCCUAUGACUACGCCUUCAUCUCUCAAGGAGAGACGACUGUAGCCUCCAUCAACGACUCUGAAGAGCUGAUGGCCACUGAUGAAGCAUUUGAUGUGCUGGGCUUCAUUCAAGAAGAAAAGAACAGCAUGUACAAGCUGACUGGUGCCAUCAUGCAUCAUGGCAACAUGAAGUUUAAGCAGAAGCAGCGAGAGGAGCAGGCAGAGGCAGAUGGCACUGAAGAUGCUGACAAAGCAGCUUAUCUGAUGGGCCUGAACUCUGCUGACCUCAUCAAAGGUCUCUGUCACCCGAGAGUCAAAGUAGGAAAUGAGUGGGUCACCAAGGGACAAACUGUCGCCCAGGUGUACUAUGCUGUUGGUGCACUGUCUAAAGCAGUGUAUGAGAGGAUGUUCCUGUGGAUGGUAGUGAGAAUCAACCAAUCACUGGACACCAAGCAGCCUCGCCAGUACUUCAUUGGUGUGCUGGACAUUGCUGGAUUUGAGAUCUUUGAUUUCAACACCUUUGAGCAGCUGUGCAUCAACUUCACCAAUGAAAAACUGCAACAGUUUUUCAACCACCACAUGUUUGUGCUGGAGCAGGAAGAGUACAAGAAAGAGGGCAUUGAAUGGACUUUCAUAGAUUUUGGUAUGGAUUUGCAGGCCUGUAUUGACCUCAUUGAAAAGCCCAUGGGUAUCAUGUCCAUCCUUGAAGAGGAGUGCAUGUUCCCCAAAGCCUCUGACUCCACCUUCAAAGCUAAGCUCUAUGACAACCAUCUGGGGAAAUCUAACAACUUCCAGAAGCCCAGAAUUAUCAAAGGGAAACCAGAGGCUCAUUUUGCCCUGGUUCAUUAUGCUGGUACUGUUGACUAUAAUAUCAACAACUGGCUGGUAAAGAACAAGGAUCCUCUGAAUGAGACUGUUGUAGGACUCUACCAGAAGUCUACUCUCAAACUGCUGGCUACCCUCUUCGCAAAUUAUGCUGGAGCAGACUCAGCUCAGGAAUCUGGUGGGAAGGGCAAAGGUGGCACUAAGAAGAAAGGUUCAUCCUUCCAAACUGUAUCAGCCUUACACAGGGAGAACCUGAACAAGCUGAUGACCAACCUGAGGUCCACUCACCCUCACUUUGUGCGCUGCAUCAUCCCCAAUGAGACCAAGACUCCUGGGGCCAUGGAGAACCCUCUGGUGAUGCACCAGCUUCGCUGUAACGGUGUGCUGGAAGGCAUCAGGAUCUGCAGAAAGGGCUUCCCCAACAGGAUCCUCUACGGAGAUUUCAAACAGAGAUACCGUAUUUUGAACCCAAAUGCGAUUCCAGAGGGACAGUUCAUUGAUAACAAGAAAGCUUCAGAGAAGCUGUUGGGCUCCUUGGAUAUUGACCAUAACCAGUACAAACUGGGGCACACCAAGGUGUUCUUCAAAGCUGGACUGCUUGGUCUGCUGGAAGAGAUGCGAGAUGACCGUUUAGCUCUAAUCAUCACCAGGAUCCAGGCCAGAUCCCGAGGUGUUCUGGCAAGAAUUGAAUUCCAGAAAAUUGUAGAACGCAGGGAUGCACUGCUGGUGAUCCAGUGGAACAUCCGUGCUUUCAUGGGGGUCAAGAAUUGGCCCUGGAUGAAGAUGUUCUUCAAAAUCAAGCCUCUGUUGAAGUCUGCGGAGACUGAGAAAGAGAUGGCCAACAUGAAGGAAGAGUUUACCAAACUGAAAGAGGCUUACGCUAAAUCAGAAGCUCGCAGGAAGGAACUGGAGGAGAAAAUGGUCUCUCUUCUCCAAGAAAAGAACGACCUGCAGCUCCAAGUUCAAACUGAGCAAGAUAACCUGUGUGAUGCUGAAGAAAGAUGUGAGGGGCUGAUCAAGAGCAAGAUUCAGCUGGAGGCAAAAAUCAAAGAGCUGACAGAAAGGCUGGAGGAUGAGGAGGAGAUGAACGCUGAACUCACAGCUAAGAAGCGGAAGCUGGAAGAUGAGUGCUCUGAGUUAAAGAAAGACAUUGAUGACUUAGAGUUGACUCUGGCUAAAGUGGAGAAAGAGAAGCACGCCACUGAGAACAAGGUAAAGAACCUGACUGAGGAGAUGGCGGCUCUGGAAGAAAUCAUUGCCAAGCUGACCAAGGAAAAGAAAGCCUUACAGGAAGCUCAUCAGCAAACACUGGAUGACCUGCAGAGUGAAGAAGACAAAGUCAACACUCUGACCAAGGCCAAGGCCAAGCUGGAGCAGCAAGUGGAUGAUCUGGAAGGGUCCCUAGAGCAAGAGAAGAAAGUGCGUAUGGACCUUGAAAGAACAAAGCGGAAGCUUGAAGGAGACCUGAAGUUAGCUCAAGAGAGUAUCAUGGACCUGGAGAAUGACAAGCAGCAACUCGAAGAGAGGCUGAAAAAGAAAGAUUUUGAAAUCAGCCAACUAAAUGGCAAAAUAGAAGAUGAACAAGCAAUGAGUGCCCAGCUCCAGAAAAAAUUGAAGGAGUUGCAGGCCCGCAUUGAAGAGCUGGAGGAAGAGCUGGAGGCAGAGCGAGCUGCCCGAGCCAAGGUGGAGAAGCAGAGAGCAGACUUGUCCAGAGAGCUGGAGGAGAUCAGUGAGAGGCUGGAGGAGGCCGGUGGAGCAACAGCUGCCCAGAUUGAGAUGAACAAGAAGAGGGAGGCUGAGUUCCAGAAACUGCGCAGAGACCUGGAAGAAGCCACUCUGCAGCACGAAGCCACCGCUGCCACGCUCAGGAAGAAACAAGCCGACAGUGUUGCUGACCUGGGAGAGCAGAUUGACAACCUGCAGAGAGUCAAGCAGAAACUGGAGAAGGAGAAGAGUGAGCUCAGACUGGAACUGGAUGAUGUGGUUUCAAGUAUGGAGCAGAUCGUGAAGGCUAAGAAUAAUUUGGAGAAAAUGUGCAGAUCUCUGGAAGACCAGAUGAAUGAAUACAAAAUGAAGUCAGAAGAAGGACAGCGUACCAUCAAUGACUUCACCAUGCAGAAAGCAAAGUUUCAAACUGAGAAUGGAGAACUUGCGAGGCAGCUGGAGGAAAAAGAUUCCCUGGUGUCUCAACUGACCAGAGGAAAACAGUCCUACACUCAGCAAAUUGAAGACCUUAAAAGACAACUGGAGGAGGAAGUCAAGGCCAAGAAUGCAUUAGCCCAUGCAGUGCAGUCUUCUCGUCACGACUGUGACCUGCUCAGGGAGCAGUAUGAGGAGGAACAGGAGGCCAAGGCUGAACUGCAGCGCAGCAUGUCCAAGGCCAACUCUGAGGUGGCUCAGUGGAGAACUAAGUAUGAAACUGAUGCCAUCCAGAGGACUGAGGAACUGGAGGAGGCCAAAAAAAAGCUGGCUCAGCGUCUGCAGGAGGCUGAGGAGGCUGUUGAGGCAGUGAAUGCUAAAUGUUCCUCUCUGGAGAAGACCAAACACAGACUGCAGAAUGAGAUUGAAGAUCUCAUGGUGGAUGUGGAGAGGUCUAAUGCUGCUGCUGCCGCUCUGGACAAGAAGCAAAGAAACUUUGAUAAGGUGUUGGCAGAAUGGAAACAGAAGUAUGAGGAGUCUCAAACAGAGCUGGAGAGCGCUCAGAAGGAAGCCAGGUCUCUGAGCACUGAGCUCUUCAAACUGAAGAACUCCUAUGAAGAAUCUCUUGAACAUCUGGAGACCAUGAAGAGAGAGAAUAAGAAUCUGCAGGAGGAAAUAUCUGAUCUCACUGAACAAAUUGGUGAGGGCGGAAAGAGUAUUCAUGAACUUGAGAAGAUUCGAAAACAGCUGGAACAAGAGAAGUCAGAGAUACAAGCAGCUCUGGAGGAAGCAGAGGCCACACUGGAGCAUGAGGAAGGGAAAAUUCUCAGAGCCCAGCUUGAGUUCAAUCAGGUGAAGGCCGACAUUGAGCGCAAGUUGGCCGAGAAAGAUGAAGAGAUGGAGCAAGCCAAGAGAAACCAACAGCGAACUGUGGACACUCUUCAGAGCUCUCUUGAGGCCGAGACUCGCAGCAGGAAUGAGGCCCUCCGUCUGAAGAAGAAGAUGGAGGGAGACCUCAAUGAGAUGGAGAUCCAGCUCAGCCAGGCCAACAGGCAGGCAGCUGAGGCCCAGAAACAACUUAAAUCUGUCCAUGCACAUCUGAAGGAUGCUCAGCUGCAGCUUGAUGACUCUCUGCGAGCCAAUGAUGACAUGAAGGAAAAUAUGGCCAUUAUUGAGAGACGCAACAACCUGCUUCAGGCUGAGCUGGAGGAACUGAGGGUUGCUCUGGAGCAAACUGAGAGAAGUCGCAAACUUGCUGAGCAAGAGCUGUUGGAUGUUAGUGAGAGGGUGCAGCUGCUGCACUCACAGAACACUAGCCUGAUAAACCAGAAGAAGAAGCUGGAGGCUGAUACAUCCCAGCUUCAGACUGAAGUAGAAGAUGCAGCGCAGGAGUGCAGAAAUGCAGAGGAAAAGGCCAAGAAGGCCAUUACUGAUGCUGCCAUGAUGGCAGAGGAGCUGAAGAAAGAGCAGGACACCAGCGCUCACCUGGAGCGUAUGAAGAAGAACAUGGAGCAAACCAUCAAAGACCUGCAGCACCGUCUGGAUGAAGCUGAACAGAUCGCCAUGAAGGGAGGCAAGAAGCAGGUGCAGAAGCUGGAGGCCAGGGUCAGGGAGCUUGAAAGUGAGGUGGAAAAUGAACAGAAAAAGGCCAGUGAUGCUGUAAAGGGAGUACGAAAGUAUGAAAGACGUAUAAAGGAGCUUACUUACCAGACUGAAGAAGACCGUAAAAAUCUUGCACGUCUUCAAGAUUUGGUGGACAAGCUGCAGCUAAAGGUCAAAUCAUAUAAGAAGGCUGCAGAGGAGGCUGAGGAAAUGGCCAACAGUAACCUUACAAAGUUCCGCAAGCUUCAACAUGAGCUUGAUGAAGCUGAGGAAAGAGCUGACAUCGCUGAGUCCCAGGUCAACAAGCUACGUGCUAAGAGCCGUGAUGUGGGGUCAAAGAAAGGACUUGAUGAAGAGUGAUGUUCGCUCAAAAAUGAUGGUUUCUGAGGCACCUGCUCUUUGUGUAAUGGUGUCUCCCUAAGCAUGUUUUCUUUUUCUUUUUUUUUUUUGCUCAGUAGAAGACAUUUAAUUUACAUCUGAACAUUUCUUGACUUUGCAUUGACAAGGGAUAUAGAGGUUACAGUGGCAGUGACUCAUUUUCUAAAAUGAAUGAAAUAAACAAAUUCCUGUUUGAAAGAAAAUAAAUGCUCAUAUUAGUAUAACAAUAAACAACGAAUAAAUAAAUUAAAUACACAAUGACAAAGGAAAAAAGUCUUAUAUCUUAUUAUGUUGUUGAAGAAUUGUGUUUUAAGAAAUGUAUUUUCUUCCAGUCAAUUCUAUGAUUCUAAUUGUAUUUGUGUGUUUUAAAUAUAUAAAACAGACCCCCCCAAAAAGUUAGUCAGAAAAUAAAUUCUGUUGAAAUAAAACAAUUACGGUUAAGAGAACCAACUUGUAUGUAUUAAAUUAAUUUGUGAAUUUAUACUCAUUUCCAUAUAAGUCAGGUUUGGCCUUGGCAGAGCACAAAUUACAAGAAUGCCAUUCAAUGUACGUGUCAUAAAUUACUGACUCAACAGAUAUUGCUUUUAAAUUAAAUUGUCUUCGUGACUGAAGACCGUGUUCACUCAGGCUGUUUUCAUUAUAUGUGUCCAUAUGAGCUUUUAAGCUUUGUGGCCUCAAACUUUGUCUCUUAGGGGCGAACCAUAAAUGAUUUCAUUUUCACUC